AUGCGAUCCGAUGAUGAUUGGAUUUUGAAAGAGCUUGCCUACGAAUUUCCAUUGCUUGCCGUUGUUAUUAUGCUCAUGACAAAGAACACGUCACUUUCCCAGACAACACGGAUAACCAUCGCAAUUGCUUUACAAAGACCUCAGUACUUCAUCUACCGGCUAGUAAAGGCUUUUUGGUCAUAUUUUAAUAAUAGGUCUCAGCGCAUCUAUUGCCUCCCUUUCGCCACGACCUCCGAGGGGAGCUCAAAGUCUUCCUGUCUGAACACGCAAAUUUUUGUGGUUGUUGGCUGCCUCCGCGGCAUACCCCCUACGAAGCGUGAUUGGGAACUCAUCCUCGAAAACUCCCGUCGCUUCCAACUCCGCAAUCUUCCUCCUUCUCAUCAACCCGCAGACAGCGCGCGGGCUGGCCACGAUUCCCACCAGCACCGCUGGGCACAUCCGCUGUCUGCUUGUGGGUUCUGUUUCCUAACCUUGCAACUUUUCGAGCCCUGGUUCUACAAAGAUGGCUCGGAAUCUCCGCUCUACGUCCCAUGUCAGGUCGAACAACUCCCGUCCAUCAACGCCGCUCCACGUGCCGACUGCCGCGAGUCCCGCUUCUUUUUUCACCGAAUCUACGAGGCCUCGAAAACAACGGCGGACGGGCAGGCACAGCCGUACACGGUCAGUGAUUCGCACUUGUCGGAGAAAGGCGCGGAAUGGGUUGAGCCCCCUGUGAGAGCUCCGGCUCCAAGUUACAGAGACACCCCCUGGUCAGCUGUUUCGAGCGAUGCGAACCCAGUCCUUGCAACCAUGCGACCUUUAGGGUCAAUGCCAUCUGCUGCAGAUAUGCGCAAAGCAGGAUUAGGCGCUAUCAAGCCUAGUACACAGAAUAUUGCUGUCAGGAAAGACGAGCGGUCAGCACCGAACGGGGAUCAAGAGAUCAGCAAACCACAGACACCACUGACACCUGCUGAAGAGCCAAUAGCUGAAUCUAUCCUUCCAAAGGACAAAACUGUGCAGGACGUGACUGCAUUUACGACGAUUCCUAUCCCUGAUUCGACGGACGUGGAUGUGGAAAAACUUCGAUCCGCAGUCGAGAACGCUCUCCAUAUGGCUUCUGAGACUGGUAAUCGUCCAGUCAUUCGCGGGCUGCUCCGUCUGUGGGAGACAUGCGGUAAAGACUCUUUUGCAUUAUCUGUUUUGGAGGGUGUCUGUGGGGCGAAUCCUGGAGCCCGUGAGCAGUCCGUGUUCCAAACUGUGAUGCGUACUGCCUGGAAAGAGGUGCAAUCAGAAGAGAGCACAGAAGUGGUGCCUGCUGCCACAUCAAACGUGGGGCGUACUCGGUCUGCCAGUAGUGUCUCUUCUUUAUCUUCUGCCAAGUCAUUUGAUGCCGAAUCAUUCGCCCCCGGCAUGACUCAGGGAGCGGCGGGUGCUCGCGCCCGCGCUAGAGGAAGACACUCCAAAUCUGCACAGAAAACUGUGGAUAGUGAAGCUUCAGAGCCUCCCAGUCGCCGCUCUGCGUUUCCAUCCAGUGACACUGCUCUUCAGCGGAGGCGUGCAUUGGAGGAAAACCCCGAAUUUUCGGCAGAAGCCGUCACGGCUAAACGGACUCGUAUGCAAAGAUCCCUGCCGAAGAUUACUGCUCCUGAAAGUAGACUCCGCUCUUCGCUUAUUUCCGAACCCCCUUCUGGUAUCUCAACUCCUGCUCCUACUGCGGCUGGUCGAUCUCAAACUGCCCCUGACAGAACCGUGGCCGACCAUGAGGGACGAUCGGAGAGCCCGGCGAGCAGCGAUGCUGGUGAUAACCGGCGCUUAACUCCUACAAUUGCCGCUAGCAGGGAAAACAACGAGGAGAACAAUGAUUUCUGUCGAGAAUGCAACGGCAGCGGUCAGCUCCUAUGCUGCGAUGGAUGUGUCAACUCAUUCCAUUUUUCCUGUCUCAACCCACCUCUGGAUCCUGCGAAUCCACCCGAGGGGGAUUGGUUCUGUCCAAAAUGUUCCUUCACAAAACCCAUGGCUUCAUUACUUUUUGCCGUCGACAACGUUCCGCAGAAGGACUUUGCUCUUCCCGCUCGAUUUCGUGGCUACUUUGCUGGCGUACGAACAGGCGAAGAAGGAAGAUACGAAGAGGUCCUGACGUUCCCCAGGAUCAAUCCUCGAAGUGGGAGGAACCGUUCUGGUCGUUAUGAUGACCCGUUUUUGCUGAGAACGGUGGAUGCGAAAGGCAAACUCAUUCUCUGCCAUGGCUGUGGGCGCACUACGAACGGUCGCCGACCAAUUAUACAAUGCGAUUUCUGUCCUCUCGCCUUCCAUAUGGACUGUAUAGAUCCACCACUAGCUAUACCCCCUACCCAAAAGCCGGGUAGUGAUCGUACAUAUCAUAGCUGGAUGUGUCCCGACCAUAGUUGGCAUGACAAAUUUUUCAUUGUCCAAGAUGAGGAGGGCUACGACUUUGUGAAGCGCAUUCGUCGUCCAAAAAAUCCACGCUUGAUAGACGUUGAAAUACUUCCAGAUGCAGAAGAAGACGAAAGGAUAGAAGAACAAGAGGAAGAGGGUAUCAUGUAUCGUGUUUCAGAAAAGGGGAUUAAGCUCGAUUUUAUCGAACGAGUUAAACGGGAAAACGAAGAACUUGCAAUGAAGAAAGCGUGCGCCGACAGGUACUUUGAGUAUGUUCGUAAGCGGCAUGACGAACUUACGGCUAAAGCCCACGCGUUCUAUGCAUCACAAACUCCGGAGGUGAUAGAAGAGGAUACAACUACUACAAUUCUUAAUUCGCGUACUGCCGCUGAGCGAGAGGCUGCGGCAAAUUUGAUCAGUUUUGCACGCGGCAGCAGCGCAGAAGUUGAGGAUAGCAAGAUAAGCCUUCUUAUCGAUCAGUUGAAAGCGAAUGCCCCGGAUUCUUUGCCUUCAGCCGAGAGCGAGAUUGCAUCACUUCGAUCUUUGCAGCGGUUGAUCGAACUACGUAUAACGGACCUAAGGAAUCACACGCUACCAUCCCAGUCUCCAGCCGCCCAGUCCACAGACAUCGAUGUCGUGGACCCUCAACUUACAAGCCCGCCGUAA